GGCCCUUUAUGAAACGUCGCGGGAUCGGUAUUUUACGCACUUUUGCGUCGGGCUCCAAGAGCUGCUCGAGAAGGCGAUCAGCGGGCUCGAACGCCAGUGGCGCGGGUCCACGACCACGUCUCGCUUUGCGUGGCGCAUUCUGCGCCAGCUCCGCGCCGCCGACGUCGACACGCUCGGCGCGGACCUCAUGACGCUGUUGGAGCUCGCGACGAACGAAGAGGCACGCCGUAACGUGGCCUUCCGAAAGCUCGUUGCUCCCAAACAAUACUAG